CGAAAGUUACAUAGCUCAGGGCGAUAAAGCUAUGGCGUGGUUACAAAGCCAAACGAAAGAGAUUUGUUUACAAAAAAAUUUCUUGUCGACGUUCUUUUUCAGUUUUUUGGUCGUGGUCGAGGAUUAAUUUUAAAAAUUGAUUUGUUGGUAAACUCAUAAAUACUAUGGCGGCUGAAGUAGAGGAGAGAGGACCAAUACCAAAUCUAGCCUUGAAUACCAUACUUAUACCUGUUUUUGAAGAGACAGCUCUGGAUCAUCGAGUUGACAGAACAAUUCUCGAUCGAAUUCAGACAGCUUUUCAAAAGGCCGAAUUACAAGCCCCUGGUAUUUCACAGGAUUUUGUUUCCGCUGUUCUUAAGCAAGAGUCUAUUCCUCACAAUAUGAACGAAAUUCUUUUAUUGUUGUCGGCGAAGGAAAUUGAUGGCUUGUACAUCGAUCGUCCUGAACCAGGUUUUCAGACGUUGACCAAAAAUGCCCAAACACUCAAGAAAAUUUUGUGUAAAAUUCCAAGCGAGAUUCACGACCGGACAAAAUUUUUACAAACAAUCAAAGAGAUCGCAAGCGCCAUUAAAUUAUUGUUAGAUUCUGUAAACGAUGUUUUGAAGAAUUAUACUUCCAUUGGCCGUAUAAUGGAACAUAAAAGAAAUUUAGAAUUUCAUAAGAAGGAGUUUGUGAAGUAUUCAAGAAGUUUCAGCGACACGUUGAAACGAUAUUUUAAAGAUUCCAAGGCCAACAGUGUUUACCUCAGCGCAAAUGAACUAAUCAGUCAAACCAAUAGCAUCAUUCGAGAAUUCCAGCGUGCGACCAGCCUUAGAGACUACUAGACAACGUCAACAAUGCACAAUCAUGUAAUGAUCAAGUUACUCGAACUCAAUCGUAGAUUUGAUCUGGAGUAUCAUCCUAUAUAUAUGACGAGAUUUACGCUUUUCGUACUAGUAUACAUCGCAACAUUCACCCGGAUAUAUAAAUAGAUGUAUUGUAUUUUUCUCUAUAUUCUAAAGCGAACACUCAAUUUAUCCGCAUUUUUCACAAUUUUUGCAUAUAUGCGGACAUCGACUGUACAAAUUAGUUCAUUUGAAACAUUUGCUAGUCAAUUUCAGUUUCGUUAUAAUGGGCCAUUCCGAAGUUGGAAUAAAAGACUGGUAUGUUAGCUAGUGAGGUUGAAAAUGCAUCAUGAUACUGUUUUUAUAUAAGAUGUGAUGAAAAAGCAAGACUGCUUACAGCCCCAUAAAAGGCGCCUUGCCAUUUUUUUUGCAUAUUCGGAAUAGUUAAUGUUUCACUAAUGUAGUUAAAUAAAAACACUAGAUAAUGGCUUUUUUUUCUAAUUUCUAUGUUAUUAUUUCUAAUGUCUAUGUUAUAGCUUUAUAAUCCCCCUAAUUAUAUACAAGGCUACAACUGUA